AAUCACAUAUUCGCCGUAUUUCACGUCUACUUGAUAAAUACCGCUGAUCGUGCUAAGUGUGUUAAAAUCGAGAAAUUUCGUGACAGGAGUGUGCUUUCGACUCACUCAGCAGCACGGUCUGGGGCCCUGCUAACCGGUUUGCUAUUUCGUAAACUCUUUUUUCAGUUUUUAGACAGGCAUGUUUUUAAUGGAAGUCAGAAAAAAAGAGAGAAGAAGGCUGGAAAGUGCGAAAAGGUGGUCGAAAGAAUUGAAGAAUAAACUGUUAUUUCUUAUUAUGGAAAACCCUACGAUGUUCGAGAAACCAACAGCCCAAGUAUAUUAUAAAAAAAUAAUAGCUUGCCACAAAGAAUUCGACGAAUACGGUUGGAAAGCGAUGCGAGAUAAGAUGAGAAAUCUCAGAAGUAGUUAUACAAAAGCUCUAAAUUGGCGCGUAAGCACGGACAACGGGAUCAAAGAAGAACCCGGCGAUACGACUGCAAGAGAGCACAUGCUCAAGCUGUGUGAGGAUUUCGACAUUCUCCAAAGCAUAUUCGCUUCGAAAAACAAAACCGUCCCGCCUUCCAAACAUAUCGGUGAUAAUCCAUGCAAAAAUUUCAUGCCGGCUGAGAACGUAGAGGAGAGUAACAAAGAAGCGCACCUGGCUUACUUGGCAGAGGCCAGACAAGACAAUAGUACCUAUCUUCGGGAAGAGCAUAAUUACAUGACGUCCCUGGAGGAAAGUAAAUUAAAGCUAGAGGAGAAGUGGCUUGCUCUGGAAAACCAAAAAAUUGCCUUGGAACGGCAAAAAAUGGAAGAAAAUGCCAGCGCUCGCAUGCCAACUCAGAGCACAGAGGAAACGAGCAGAGAGGUUCAUCUGGCUUACCUGGCGGAGGCUAGACAAGAACAUAAUGCCCGUACACAAGAGGAACGCAAUUAUAUGACGUCCCUCGAGGAGAGAAAAACAAACCUGGAAGAGAGACGGCAUCCUGUAGACAACCAAAAAAUUCCCUCAGGGUGGCACAAAAUCGAAGAAAAUUCCAGCGCUCACAUCCCCUCUGAAAUUGCAGAGGACACUAGCACUGAGGCGUAUCUGGCCUACCCGACAGAGAACCGGCUAGAAAGCAAUGAUUAUACCCGAGAAGAACGUAAUUACAUGUCAUUGGAGGAAAGCAAAUUAAAGCUCGAGGAGAGACGUCUUGCUCUAGAAAACCAAAAAAUUGCCUUAGAGUGGCACCAAAUGGAAGAAAAUGUCAGACUGAGGGAAUUGGAAAUCACCAAUGACUAUAAUUUAAAUGUGAUGCGACUGGAAAAGGAAAUGGCUCUAAAAGAGCUAGAAUUGAAAUACAAAUAUAACAAAGAAUAAUUUUUUUUUUGAAUCUGAAUCUUAUAAUUUUUCACUAAAAUGUUUAUAUUUAUUAUGUUAAAGUUUAUGUAUAACGUAUAAGUUCAUUACGCCUUAAACAUCAUUAGAAUUGUUAAUAAGUACAAAUUUUUAUUUAUUGUUAUAAUUAUAUAUUUUUUCUUUGAUGUUUCACAGAUGUGAUUUCAAUGUGCCUUUUACACAGAAUUUUUUAAAACUUUUCUUAACGGGCUCCUAACAAGAGAUUUCUCUUGAUUGUUCCACUUUCCAAUUCCUACUUGGUUUUGGACUAUAAAUUAAAAAUAUCGGGUUAAGGGAAUUGGAAACCACCAAUGAUUUUAAUAAAAAAAAAAAAAUAAUAAUAAUCAUGAGAUUGAAUCAAUUGGUUCUAAAAGAGCUAGAAUUCAAAUGUAUUUAUAA